GUCAGAGCCGAGAAACAGUCGCCGCCGCAGCGAAUGGAGGCGAACGCGUGGGAGAGACUUCUCCGCGGAAUCUGCUCGCUUUUCAAACAGCUUUGACACGGACUGACGCCGCGUGGAUGUUUUAUCACGGCCUUUAAUCACGUGAAGGAAUCACACUUUGAACGAAACACAACAAAGAAACAACAAUUAAGAGGGAAAAUCGCAUCGUUUCCUCCUGAGAGGAGAAAAAAGGGCGUGUGUGUGUGUGUGUGUGUGUGUGAGAGAGUGUGUUGAUGUGUGUGUGCGGGGCGAAGGCAGUUUUUUUAACAAUUUAAUGUGGGUAUUUUAGAGUGUUUUGUUGUUGUUUUUGACACGAACACCUCCGGGGUUUAACGGACAGAGUCGAGGAUGGGAUGCACGCUGAGCACCGAGGACAAGGCGGCGGUGGAGCGCAGUAAGAUGAUCGACAGGAAUCUGCGGGACGACGGAGAGAAGGCGGCCCGCGAGGUCAAGCUGCUGCUGCUCGGUGCCGGCGAGUCGGGGAAAAGUACAAUCGUCAAGCAGAUGAAGAUCAUCCACGAGGCGGGUUACUCAGAAGAGGAAUGCAAGCAGUACAAGGCGGUGGUCUACAGCAACACCAUCCAGUCCAUCAUCGCCAUCAUCCGAGCGAUGGGUCGCCUCAAGAUCGACUUCGGAGACGCGGCGCGAGCUGAUGAUGCGAGGCAGCUGUUUGUGUUGGCGGGCUCGGCAGAGGAAGGCUUCAUGACGGCGGAGCUCGCCGGCGUCAUCAAGCGGCUCUGGAAGGACGGCGGCGUCCAGGCGUGCUUCAGCCGCUCACGCGAAUAUCAGCUCAACGACUCGGCGGCGUACUACUUGAACGAUCUGGACAGGAUAUCCCAGGCCACCUACAUCCCAACCCAGCAGGACGUCCUGAGGACCCGAGUGAAGACCACGGGCAUCGUGGAGACACACUUCACGUUCAAGGACCUGCACUUCAAAAUGUUUGAUGUUGGCGGUCAGCGGUCUGAGAGGAAGAAGUGGAUCCAUUGCUUUGAAGGCGUGACCGCGAUCAUCUUCUGCGUGGCGCUCAGCGACUACGACCUGGUGCUGGCCGAGGACGAGGAGAUGAACCGAAUGCACGAGAGUAUGAAGCUGUUCGACAGCAUCUGCAACAACAAGUGGUUCACGGACACCUCCAUCAUCCUCUUCCUCAACAAGAAGGACCUGUUUGAGGAGAAGAUCAAGAAGAGUCCUCUCACCAUCUGUUACCCCGAAUAUGCCGGCUCCAACACGUACGAGGAAGCCGCCGCCUACAUCCAGUGUCAGUUUGAGGACCUCAACAAGAGGAAGGACACCAAGGAGAUUUACACCCACUUCACCUGCGCCACAGACACCAAGAAUGUGCAGUUUGUCUUUGACGCCGUCACCGACGUCAUCAUCAAGAACAACCUGAAAGACUGUGGUCUCUUCUGAGGACGGACAAGAAGACAAGCCCUUUUUUCUUGGUAAGGAAUCCAUGCCCUGAUCUGUCAGAUGUGAUUAUGGAUCCACGUGCGAUAUAGAAAGUAGCACGCUUUACUAAGUCGCACGCGCACUUUACUAAAGCGCACGCGCAAGAUAAUAAGUCACCCACUCGCUUUACUAAAGCACAUGUGCGAGAUAGAAAUAAGCACACACGCUGUACUAAAGUUCACGUGCGAUAUAAUAAGUCACCCACCCACCCACUUUACUAAAGCGCACACGCAAGAUAAUAAGUCACCCACUCGCUUUACUAAAGUGCACGCGCACUUUACUUAAGCACACACGUAAGAUAAUAAGUCACACUCGCUUAACUAAAGCGCACGUUUGAGAUAGAAAGACGCUCGUGCGAUAUAAGUCACCCACGCGCUUUACUAAAGCACAUGCGCAAGAUAGAAAGUAGCGUGUGCGCUUUACUAAAGCACAUGCGCAAGAUAAUGAGUUGCACGCACGCUUUACUAAGUCUCUCUGUCUGUCUGUCUCUCUCCGUCUGUCUGUCUGUCUGUCUGUCUCUUGUCCUCCUCCAAUGUUUUCCUUGUCGUCUUGUGUCCACAGGCAGUGGAGCCAGCUUAUUGUGCAUCUUUGGUGGGGAAGAGGAUCAGUCACGGAGCAGUGCUGUACUAUAUGCCACUUUUAACAGCUUUAUUUAUGUUUUUAUUAUGUCUCGGAACAUUUUGAAGUAGCCUUACAAAGAUCUUUGUAGAAUGUUUGUAUCAUUGUAAAAGCGUCACAGCAGCGUUUCACAUUUUCUUUGUUUUUCAUUUGAAUUUUUAAGGACUUUUCUUUCUCUCUUUGGUUUUUUUUCGCCGUUCCUUCUGCCGCUCUCUCUGGAAAAGGAAACUUUGCAAUUGGUGGAAUUUCUUCUUCUUUUCUUCCUUACCUACAACGAAAAGGGAAGAAAAGAGGCACAACCCUGAGUCCAGUUUGUUGGUACUUGUGCCUUCGCAUGCGUUCUUACUGCGGUCGUAGUCCUGAUGCUUGUUCUGUUGCCUGCUGAAUUGUUCUGAACGUAAAGAGGUUAACUGUUUUCAUACGUUAGUGUCCCCGCUAUCUUCUGUGUGCACACCACUGAGCUGUUGAGAGGAGGAACAUCUCCCUCUGGUCUAAAGGUACAUGGGUCUCCAUGGUGACCACCGUGUAGCCUCCACAGUCCACUACCCCACCCCACCCCACCCCACCGCACCCACUAUGACAAUGGACGGCCCUGCUGGCCGCUCACACAGUUCAAUACUGAGAUGUAUAUUGUUACGAUCACCCCACAGAAUCUGGGGCUCUGGUUUUUAAACAGUGUAUAAAAUAUCCAUUCUUCACUAAGCGUUCACAGAGCGGUUAGCGACGGCACUGAGCUCAUAAUACGCUCAUUAGUGAAAAGUACAAAGACCCGAGUUGGCACAUUUUACUGUAUAUUAUUAUGUAUUUGGAGGCGUCGACGUCAGCGAGGAGGGAAAAACUGAACCAAGAGAAAAAAAGUCUCUGUAGAUAAAAAUGAGGUCGGAAUUGUUUCAACGUUCACUCGCAGCUCGUGAAGCGCUUCAGUUCAGAGUUGAUGAUCCACGAAGAGCGUGAUGGAAAUAAAGGUCAAGGGGAAAUUGGUCUCUGAUUAUUAUUGUUAUUAUUUUUUAGAUCUGGUUCCCGAUCUGUUCCUAUAAAGAAAAACUGCCACAAAUAUCAAUGUAUGUGUUGUGUUCUCCACAGACGGAGGAUCUUUGUAGACUCAUCUCCCUUAUUUUGCUAAUAAAAAAACAAGUGCAAACAUA